UAACACUCGCACAGAAUCACAUACAUUCACAUAGGGCUUCUUCAAUUCAAUUCAGUAUUCAAUGGCAGAAGAUCACCACUCUCCAUUACUCCAAUGCUCACAUUCACAUUCACAUUCACAUUCACAUUCAUCCGACGAAGAAUCAGGCAUCCUCUCUCACAGAACCGGGACGUUAUGGACUGCGAUUGCUCACAUAAUAACCGGAGUUAUGGGCGCUGGUGUCUUAUCUCUUGGAUGGAGCUUAGCACAACUCGGUUGGUUGUUUGGUCCUCCCGCUAUCGUUGUUUUCGCUGCCGUUACCGGACUUUCAACGUCUAUUUUGUGCGAUUGUUAUCGGUCGCCUCACUCUGAGCAUGGUCCUGAUAGGAAUGCUUCCUUUCUUCAAGCUGUUACUUAUUAUUUAGGGGAGAAAAAGCAGAGGAUAUGUGCAGUGUUAUUAAAUGAGAGUUUAUAUGGGAAUGAUAUUGCUUACACCAUUGCAACUGCUACCAGUAUGAGGGCGAUAUUGAAAUCGAAUUGUUACCAUGAACAAGGGCAUGAUGCGGCUUGUACAUAUCCGGAUAGCAUCUAUAUGCUGUUGUUUGGAGUUGUGCAAAUUGUUAUGUCUCAGAUACCGAACUUUCAUGACAUGGCAUGGUUGUCUGUUGUUGCUGCCAUCAUGUCGUUUGCUUACUCGAUCAUUGGUUUGGGGCUCGGUUUUGCAAGUGUUGUUGCAAACGGGGAGAUUAUGGGGAGUAUUGAAGGAGUCCCUGCAGCUACCGCAACUGAUAAAGUAUGGCUAGUUUUUCAAGGUCUUGGAGACAUUGCUUUUGCUUAUCCAUACUCAAUAAUCCUCUUAGAAAUUCAGGACACAUUGAAAUCACCACCAAACGAAACCAAAACGAUGAAGAAAGCUUCGAGGUCUGCAAUAGUUAUCACCACGUUAUUCUAUCUAUGUUGCGGAAGCUUCGGGUAUGCAGCCUUCGGAAACAACACCCCCGGAAAUCUCUUGACCGGGUUCGGGUUCUAUGAGCCUUAUUGGCUUGUUGACUUGGCCAAUGUUUGUGUUAUUCUUCAUCUUGUCGGUGGAUAUCAGGUCUUUAGCCAACCAGUAUUCGCGCUUGUGGAAACAUGGUUUUCUGAGAGAUACCCAAACAGUAAUUUUGUAAACGAGUUUUACCAGCUAAAGCUGCCGUCACUAACAACAUUACAACUAAAUCCCUUCAGACUAUGUUUCAGAACAACAUAUGUUGUAUCCACAACUGUAAUAGCAAUGUCGUUUCCUUAUUUCAAUCAAGUAUUGGGAGUGUUAGGGGCCUUAAACUUUUGGCCACUAGUCGUAUAUUUCCCCGUCGAGAUGUACUUUGUGCAAAGAAAGAUCCCACCCUGGUCAAGAAAAUGGGUCGCACUCAAGACUUUCAGCUCUGCUUGCUUUCUUGUAUCGACAAUGGGAUUUAUUGGAUCACUAGAAGGACUCAUAACCGCUAAAUUGAACUAAACACAUGUUUACUUUUCUUCAUAUGUAAUGAAUGUAUCAUCAUUGUAGCAUUCAACUUCAGGGGCAUUCUAUUCAUAUUCUUGGCUUAUUAUAUACUUUGUAAUGUAAUUUGUAAUUCCUUUUAUG